GAAUCCUGUGUGUCUUGAGUCUGGAAGGAAUUCAAUCCUUCCCCUCACAUUGGACUCAUUAGUCUUUCGUAAAAUAACGUUCUAGGGAGAUGGCGGGGGCGAGUACUUGAUAGAAAAGGCCCCAUGAAGACUCAGUUGUUCAACUGUCCCACAUACUUCGGACGUGCCCUUGACCAUAUUACUGCAUAGGCAAGAUGAUUUCGACCAGUGAUACAUUCAUCAAUAUUAUCUUAAGCGGCCUCAUCGCCCUUGUCUCCCACUUUCUUUGGAACUAUAUACGUUCUCCUUUGAAAUCUUUUCCAGGUCCAUUAGUAACCAGCUUUACUGAUUUGUGGCGCCUCCUGGACGUUUAUAACCGUCGAUGUGAUAUAACACACCUUAGGCUACACCGGAAACACGGUGGCGCAGUCCGUAUGGGCCCAAAUGUUCUUAGCUUAUCUGAUCCGAGCAUGGUCAAUCGAGUUUAUUCGACGAAGAAUCCUUGGGAAAAGAGCUCAAUGUAUAGUGUCAAUGAUGUGAUGGUCAAUGGCACUCGUGUAUCGAAUCUCUUUUCAACCAGAGAUGAAACCUGGCAUUCGACAAUCAUUCGGCCGGUGAAGUCUCUUUACUCUAUGACCCGAGUUCAGGAUGCAGAGCAUAGUGUCGACACAGCCAUACAGCUAUAUUUCGAAAAGCUUCAAGAAAGGUUUGUUUCGACAGGAAGGCCGUGUGACAUGGCGGAUUAUAUGUUGUAUUUUGCAUGGGACGCCAUGAGCCAAAUAACAUUCUCAGAAACCCUGGGUGUUCUUAACGCUGGAUGCGAUGACCAAAAGUUCCUUGAAACAUCCACGAGAAGCUUGGACUACUUUGCCCCGAUCUGUCAAAUCCCAGGCUUAGACCUACUCCUUGACAAGAAUCCCAUUCAGCGCGUGGGGCCUCCCACUUUCGGAUGGGCAAAUGUUUUUAGUCUUCAAAUGUACCAAAAGCGCUUGGAGCAAGGACCACGGGGCCCUAAUGCAAAGACCGACUUUUUGGAUAAAUUCAUAGAGCUAAAGAAGAAACGCCCGGAUCUUGUUGACGACAACGCGGUGAUAACAUAUCUGCUUUCGAAUGUUUUAGCAGGCAGCGACACUACUGCAAUCAGCCUUUGCUCAGUUAUGUAUCACGUACUGAAGCAUAGAUCAGUCUACCAGAGACUGCGGGAAGAACUGGAUACCGCACAGCUGGCAUUGCCAGCAAGCUGGAAAGAAGUUCAGAAACUUCCUUACCUUGACGCAGUCAUGCGAGAGUCUAUGCGUAUUCAUCCGGGAGUUGGCCUUAUGCUGGAACGCAUUGUUCCUGAAGGUGGCUUAACUCUUCCGGAUGGCCGUUUCGUCCCAGCAGGCACUGUCGUGGGAAUGAAUCCUUGGGUCAUCAACCGAGAUGCUGACAUCUUUGGACCAGAUGUGGAUUCUUUCAUACCGGAGAGAUGGCUCAAGCAGGAAGGCGAAACGGACGAAGAGUUCAAUACUCGGCGCGCAAGGAUGAAAGGCGCAGACCUGACAUUCGGGGCUGGUUCUCGUAUGUGCAUGGGAAGAUACCUCAGUCAGCUGGAGAGCUACAAGUUGAUUGCGACGAUGUUCAGCAAGUUCGAUAUGGAGCUCGCCAAUCCGAAAAACGAAUGGAAAAUCAUCAAUUCGUGGUUUGUGAGGCAGGAGAACAUUCCGGUUGUCUUGAAAGAGCGUGUCAGGUGAACAGUCUGCCCAGUACUAUUUUGACUGUGAGCUGUUAGCAGUGAUAUAUGAGGCACCCCAUUAAUAUGAAGUAGCGUUGUGGCGGGGGUUUUAAUAUAGCAACGUAACAUUUUGAUGAAUAAGAGUUUUUUGCAG